ACACGGAGAGACGAAAGGGUUGACUUGGAGUCGCCCGGUUCUUCUUAUCCCCCCGUACACGUGCUCCCCGAACACCCCUCUCUCUCGAUUUCUCUCUCUCUGUGGAUCGCUCGAUCGAGUUUUUAGAUCCGAAUCACCGUGCUCCACCCCAUCGAGAUCGCUCAUUGUGUCGCUGCAAGCUCCCGCGAUCGUUACGUACCGAGUAUCACAGGAUGAGCAAGGACGAGGGGCAGAGCAGGGGCGUCUCCGCCGCCGCCGAUCACCAGCCUCAGUACGGCACGUUCCAGGGCGUCGCCAACUACCCCCCUCCUCCUCAGCCCCCGCCGCCGCACCAGGCGGCGUUCGGGUUCCCCCAGCCGGCCCCUCCUCCCGGCGCCACCCACGAUCCCUCCGCUCCUCCUCCGUACCAGGGCUACCAGGCCGUUCCAGGUUAUCCAGUUGCGGAAGGAAGGCCUGUGAGAGAACGGCGUCUGCCUUGUUGUGGCCUCGGUUUGGGCUGGUGCUUGUUCAUCAUCGGUUUCUUUCUGGGCGGCAUCCCCUGGUACGUCGGGUUGUGUUAUAUGGUCUUCUGCAGACAUAGAAUGGACUACCGAGAGAAGCCCGGCUACAUUACUUGUACAAUCGCCGCUGUUCUUGAAACAAUCGCUCUAAUUUUCGGGGUGACAAAAGGAGUUAGUGAUCGAUAACUGCAUUUGAGGCUGAGCCAGCCGCUGAAUGGAUGAACUCAUGUGCCCUAGUUCGAGUAUCUCUCCCUCUCUCUCUGAUUUCUGCGACUAGGAUUGGUGCUCUUGGUGAAUAGCACAUUCAUUGUAUCCUGUUGAAUGGCGAUAUCUACACCGGCUGAAGAGUGAAUAUGUUUUUCUUUAUAGCAUGAGGGAUUGAAUUUGCUCAUCAUCUACAUUGGUGUUUAUUUGAGGUAUUACUCGAUAUCUUUAUGAGGAGUUGCAUACUCUCCUCACCUGUAAUAAUGGAGGGAACCAAAAUCUAUCUCAUCUGAGAUUGUAUUCUCAAAUGCGACGGCAAUUUGUUGGAAACCAUUGACAGAUGUUUAACCAA